GCAGGCUCCGCCCGGCGCUCCCAUGGCGCGGCGGCCCCGCGCCAGGUGAGCAGCGCUGCCUGUUGCGCCGAGCGGAGCGAAACGGAGCCGCCGGGGCCACACGGCGAGAAGUUUUGCGGGAAGGCGCCGCGAUAUACUGAGCUUGUUGUGGUCAGUUGAUGCAGAGGUAGCCUGACUGCAGAGGUGGAAAGUUUGUGGUCGUGAAGAUUGGAGAUUGGUGAGAGGCUUAUGCAAAAUCAUAAUGAAAACACCUUGAGGAUGGAUGUUAUUUGUACUGAUUUGAACAGAGGAUAUUUCCAGAUGGGAAGUGAGGGGAAAUGUGACAUCUUCUCCCUUGUGAGUGAGGUUUCCAAAGGGCUGAAAAGCAAGGAAAAUGGAAAGCAAAAAGUGAAGUUGUCAGGUGGAGAAGAAAAGCAUCGUCCAUGGAUCUGGACUGUUUAGAAAAGAAAUGUAGAGUUAACAUCUGAAAUCUGAUGUGGUCUUCCUUUCCAGAAAAAAAUACUGUUUCUGGCAUUCAUGUUGGGAGAGAGGAGCCAUCCUUUCCAAGACUUUCAGUAUAGGCAUGCUUCUAAGAAGCGUAUUGACCAUAAGGAGGCCCACGUGCUAGUAACCAGUUUUUACUAAUCCCGCCAAAGAAGAUGAAGCCACGUUUCAGCCUUGCCCAUCCUUUUCCCACCCUGUCGGCUGAAUGAGAAAUGGUCGUGUGAUUAUGCUGACAGCCCAGCAUGCAUUUGGUAGACCUGUGGUUAACUCGUUCCCUCUCCAUGUGUCUGCUCUUACAAAGUUUUGUCCUCAUGAUACUGUGCUUUCAUUCUGCCAGUAUGUGCCCAAAAGGCUGCCUCUGUUCCCACUCUGGAGGUCUGAACGUCAGCUGUAGCAAUGCAAACCUCAAGGAGAUACCCAGAGAUCUUCCUCCAGAAACAGUCUUACUUUAUUUGGACUCCAAUCAGAUAACAUCUAUCCCCAACGAAAUUUUUAAGGACUUACACCAACUGAGAGUCCUCAAUUUAUCAAAAAAUGGGAUUGAGUUUAUCGACGAACAUGCCUUUAAAGGGGUGGCAGAAACCUUGCAGACUCUGGAUUUGUCCGACAACCGGAUUAAAAGCGUGCACAAAAACGCUUUCAACAACCUGAAGGCCAGGGCCAGAAUUGCCAACAACCCCUGGCACUGUGACUGCACGCUGCAGCAGGUGCUGCGGAGCAUGGCCUCCAACCACGAGACGGCCAACAACGUCAUCUGCAAGACCUCCGUGCUGGACGAGCACGCGGGGAGACCCUUCCUCAACGCUGCCAACGACGCCGACCUCUGCAACCUCCCUAAAAAGACUACUGACUACGCCAUGCUGGUCACCAUGUUUGGCUGGUUCACCAUGGUGAUCUCCUACGUGGUUUAUUACGUCCGACAGAACCAGGAGGAUGCAAGGAGGCACCUUGAGUACUUGAAAUCCCUGCCAAGCAGGCAAAAGAAACCAGAUGAAGCUGAUGACAUUAGCACUGUGGUAUAGUAUUCUGAAUACAAUGACUGCCUUUGUGAUGGAAGCUGGAGUUGGAUGACGCUAAAACCAGAGGUUUACUUCUAACGUUCAUUGUAAACAUUAAGACUUUUGGGGCUUUUUUUUCCUGUUUAACUGAAUUACGCCACUGUUGAGCUUUCUAACAGAAAGUUUUGUCCGGGUGGUAAACUUCAAUUAUUUCUCUGGUGGUAUCCUAAAGCAAGUGAAUUAAUAUGUAAACAUUAGUUUAGACCCAUUCCACUAUUUAAUAACGAAAUUUAUUUUUUUAAUUUAAAAACCAAAUAAAAGCUUAAAUUUGAACCAUGUAAAGCAGAGUAAUUUAUUGAGCAGAAACCUGUCCAGUGCCAGAGCACUCUUGGCUUGUUCAGUGCCCUUGAGGUAGAAGAGAGGAGCGAUGAUGAAGUGGGCUGUGAGAGGUCCAGGACUGGAGAGUGCCCAAAGGGC